UCAGAUGACAUUCAGCAGCAGUGCAUAUUUACUCUCGCGUUUCAGUUUGUCGUGUUGUGUUUCUCGAAUUGUUCAUAAAAUUUUAUGUAAAACCAUCGCAAAAUGAUAGUCACCGACGUGGGCGAUGUGAAAAUCUAUAAUCUGAGCGCCGGUAAAGCGCUACCUGAUUGGUUGUCGGAUCAGAAACGGCGCGAGGCACAGCGAAAAAAUGUCGACAUCAACCGGCGAAUCGAGUUGAUACAGGAUUUCGAUAUGCCGUGUGUGGCUACCAGUAUCGAACUAUCACCCGAUGGACAGUACAUUCUAGCAACCGGAACGUACAAACCCCGGGUCAAGUGUUACGAUGUGAACAAUCUGUCGCUGAAAUUCGAACGAUGUUUCGAUUCGGAAGUGGUUAAGUUUAAAAUAUUGAGUGAAGAUUACAGUAAAAUUGCGUUCCUGCAAGCCGAUCGGUAUGUGGAAUUUCAUGCAGCACACGGAAGACACUACCGGUUACGGAUACCGCGCUUCGGUCGGGAUCUGGACUAUCACAAACCGUCGUGUGAUUUGUUUCUCGUAGGAGCUUCGUCGGAAAUCUAUCGAUUGAACACCGAAAGAGGACAGUUUUUGCAACCCUACGUCACUUCUGGUAGUAGUAUUAAUGCUUGUGAAGUAAACUCGGAGCACCAUCUGCUGUGUGUGGGAACACAGGAAGGUAUCGUCGAAGCGUGGGACCCACGGGACAAGAAACGUUGUGGCACAUUGGAUGUUGCGUUAAAUAUCCAAAACAAUACGAAACUUACGGCGGUUUCAGCGUUAAAGUUUAAAAAUGGUUUACAUAUGGCCGUGGGGACAGCUUCCGGUCACGUUCUGUUGUACGAUAUUCGAGCGAAGGAACCACUAUUAGUGAAAGAUCACCUCAACGAUUUGUGUGUUAAAAAAAUUGCAUUCAACAAAGAACAGAAUGUCGUUUGUUCCUUGGAUAAUGCAAUGUUGAAAAUCUGGAACGAAAAUACUGGGAAACAAGUUGCCUACAUUGAAUCGAACAGUAAUUUUAAUGAUUUCACAACUUCUCCAAAAAGUGGUCUAUUUUUCUUCGCCCAAGAAGAUACAAGAAUGAUGAGCUAUUAUAUUCCUAGUUUGGGACCUGCUCCACGUUGGUGCUCGUUUUUGGAUAAUCUAACCGAAGAAAUUGAAUCGGAAAAUGUGCAGAAUAUCUACGAUGAUUACAAAUUUAUUACCAAACAAGAGUUGGCUGAUCUUGGAUUGAUCCAUCUGGAAGGAACCAACAUGCUGCGGGCGUAUAUGCAUGGCUACUUCAUCGAUAUCCGGUUGUACAACAAGGCAAAGGCCCUCGCGGAUCCGUUUGCGUUCGAUCGCUAUCGCAAAGAGAAGAUUGCCAAACAAAUCGAACAGUCCCGUCCGGCCCGAUUGCAACUGAAAACGAAACUGCCGAAGGUUAACGCUGAGCUGGCUGAAAAACUACUGACCGAACAAGAGUUGGGUAGUGGAAAGCUAAAAUCGGCCGCCAGUGGUUUACUAGCCGACGACCGGUUCAAGGGUAUGUUCGAGAAUCCUGACUUCGAGGUAGACAAAACGUCACACGCAUACCGAUUGUUGAAUCCCGUGCUCACCCGGUUGGACAAGUCUCAUUCGAAAAAACUGAAGCAACAAGAACAGUUAGCGCUGGCAGCUGCCGAGAAGGAAGCUGCCGGUGAAGAAGCUAGCACCGACGGGGAUUUGUUUAGUGAACGGGACGCGAGUUCGGAUGAUGAUGAUCAAACAUGGACGAAGGAUGUUAAGAAAGAAUAUAAAAAAAUUAGACAAGAAAUGAGACGUGAACCGGAGGACAACGAGGCGGAUGACGAUGGUGAUAAUGAUGCUCCGAGGUUCCAGGUUCAGGAGAAGGAUGAUUUUAACGUCAUUCAUCGGACAGCCAAAAUGAGUCGGGCUGGUCUUGGUAAGCGUUUGGCCGCUAGUAAGCCAGCAGAGGUGAAAACCAUCGGAGGGCUUGGCAACUGUCAGAUGACAUUCACUACGGGGAAAAAGCGACAGCACGUGGACAGAAAACGUCAGGCAGAGCUGAAGAAACACCGCGAAGAACGUAAACGAGUGAUACGACCGACCACUAGUUUGAGGUCGAAAAAGAGGCACAAGUAAUUCUAUUUUUUGUUGUUGGAAUAAAAUUUUUCAAUAAGUUUAGGAAA